ACAGGGAUUCUCAUCCAUUGAGCAUAAUCAAGGAUACCAGGCACAGAGAACCAAACUUUUAUAUCGAAUCCAACCCCUAAAAUGGAAGAAGCUAAAGGACAAAGUUUGGAGGAAGACUUUGAAGGACAGGCCACACAUACGGGACCCAAAGGAGUAAUAAAUGAUUGGAGAAAAUUUAAAUUAGAGAGUGAAGAUAGUGAUUCAAUUCUACCUAGCAAGAAGGAGAUUCUCAAACAAAUGUCCUCUCCUCAGAGCAGAGAUGACAAAGACUCAAAAGAAAGAUUCAGCAGAAAGAUGAGCAUUCAAGAAUAUGAGCUAAUCCACCAAGACAAAGAAGAUGAAAAUUGCCUUCGUAAAUACCGUAGACAGUGCAUGCAAGAUAUGCACCAGAAGCUGAGUUUUGGGCCUAGAUAUGGGUUUUUGUAUGAGCUAAAAACUGGGGAGCAAUUCCUAGAAACCAUCGAAAAGGAGCAGAAGAUCACCACAAUUGUCGUUCACAUUUAUGAAGAUGGUAUUAAGGGCUGCGAUGCUCUAAACACUAGCUUAACAUGCCUUGCAGCUGAAUACCCUAUGGUCAAGUUUUGUAAAAUAAAAGCUUCUGAUACAGGUGCUGGGGACCGCUUUUCCUCAGAUGUACUCCCCACACUGCUUGUCUACAAAGGUGGGGAACUCUUAAGCAAUUUUAUUAGUGUUGCUGAACAGUUUGCUGAAGAAUUUUUUGCUGGGGAUGUGGAGUCUUUCCUAAAUGAAUAUGGGUUACUACCUGAAAGAGAGAUACAUGCCCUAGAGCAGACAAGCAUGGAAGAUGUUGAAUAAAGAUUCACUUUGUCAGUAUCUCAUAUUUCUCCUUUACACGUUGAAUCUUGAUUUUGGUAGUAUCCAUAUUCCUUUAGAGAACACCAAGUAUGGCCAUGGCCAUUCUCAUUUGGAAACAAAAUCAGAUUGACACUAAAAUUAUAUGAUUAGCAUUUCUUAGUAUUUAGUUAUUCAAAUUGAUAUAAUGCUUUACCACAAAACAUUAUAGUCUUCAGCAACACGUUAGUAGACAAAGAGGAUACGAAUAAUAUUGUGACAGUUUUUAAAACUCCCUCUCAAGUUAUGUGUUGGCUUUAUUACUCCUUGUUUUCCCCUCAGUGUUAUUAUUUGAGUUUUUCAAAUUAUAUUAUUAAUUAUAAUUUUGCUUGUGUAAUAAAAAUAAAGUCUCAUGAGGAAACAAAUUUUCUAUUUGAGGUC